AUAAAUUUAAACAAGGUUUACGCGUUAAGCUCACAUCGGCUAUAACAAAACUGCAUUUCCUGUGUCGCGAUGUGGGAGCUUGGAUUCGCUCUCAGUACGCUGGUUGCUGCACUUUUUGGUCUUGAUGGCGUUGAAGCUGCUACGACAAGUGUUGUUCCGGUCCAUUGGUGCCCUUCGCGUCUUUCUGCUUGUUUGUCUGAAGGCGAGACAAGAAACUGUUUCCGUGAUAAAUUAGGGUUCUCUGACUAUGAUGAAGUAGUCUUGUUGGAAGACGAUGAACAGAGCACGUCUAUUGACGAUCAGUUUAAAGAAUUGAAAGCAUGGUUGUACGAACGGAUACCCACAACUGAAUCCGUCGUGCUUUGGAACAGUUCUGAUCCCAGUUUUACUCAGUCAAGUGUUCAAUGGGCCCCUUGUAUGAAGGAUUCGCAGGCGAAGAUGCGGUAUAAGCGCAGCACCGAAGUUGAGCGGGCGUACAAAACGGUUGAUAUCAAAGAACUAUCUGGGGAGCUUUUCUACAACUAUCGGCAGCAUGGAUUCGUUCUCUUUACGGACUCUCCUAAACGCUGUGGUAGUUGCAAAGGCUUUUUGGAGGAAGAAGACUCUGUGUGGAAUGUUGUCACAAAUGAGUAUAAGGGAAAGGUUCCUUUCUUUCACUUCGACUGUUCACACAAUAGUGACGUUUGUAAAGCUUUAGAAAUCGAGCGCACUCCUAGUGUGUACUACUUUCAUCAAACAGGUGAAAAGACGAAUGUCCCCCUUCACGCUUCUGGAAGCACAUUAAAAACGUUCGUCGAGGCCGCAGGCCUUACGAAUCAAUUAGACGGUACUGUGUUCCCUGAACAUGAUGUAGGAAUUGAGGGCGUUGAGCUGCUGGAGGAGACGGGUGAGCCUUUCUUCCUGUAUCUGCAUGACUUUUCAUCCAUGGCGGAAGAUUUCAACGCACUUAGAGUGCUUUACCGUUCUUUGCUUGGUUAUGCAGAGCUGUAUGGAACGGAUAAUAAGCUUGUCAUGGAACGCUACAACAUCACAACGCUGCCUCGAUUAAUUGCCGUUCGCGGUGGACUUCCAUUUGUGUAUCCCGGCCGAAUGGUACCGGAUAUGCACGAUACGUAUAAAAUUGUCAGUUGGGCAAGAGAGCAAAAACUGCCUCUCGCACCUCAAGUACAUCCACAGAUGACUUAUCCGUUGCGCGAUCGUACAUACCUGGCCAUCGCUUGUGUUGAUCCAUCAUCUACCACGAGCAUGAUACGGGAUGUUGCAAAGGUUAAUGAGGUUGCUCGCGCAUGGAACAUUCGUCUCCGUGCGAUUGAACGCGAACAGCUGCUUGAGGGCCGUCGUAAGUGGCAUGCUUAUGUAGACAACUUGAAGGCAAAGGGUUACGAUAACGUGCCCUUCCUUGCUUCCCGACACAAGAUACCUCUUCCUGAAAACAAGCAGGUAAGCUUUGUGUGGGUGAACGCGGUAUCUUGGCGGAAAUGGCUUACCAGAAUUUUGGGUCAUGACAACGUUCCAUCUAAUCAAUUCAUAAUUUUGGAUCCUCUUCGUGUCCAGUACUGGGACACUUCUGUCGAUGAAAAGCCCUUAACGUUUGGUGAUUCUGAUGCCGUUAUUGACACAGUGUUGCGGGCAUUGUCCUUAAGCAAUGGACAAAUGCCCAAGACAAAGUACACCAUGUCGAAAACACGCGCCUUCUUCCUUCAGAUGCUAUCAACAUUUGCUAAAUAUGGCUCAGUGAUCUGGAUUGUUGGAAUUGUGGUGAGUCUUUUACUCAGUCUUCGUUCGUUGGUUUGGAUCCUGGUCUUUUCAGUUACCUUUUUACGUUCCUUUUACGCGAAAUAUAUCACAAAGCAAACAUUCAAGCAGCAGUAAACUGUCAAUUGAUGUCCCUAGUGCUUCUACUUGUCAUCUGUUGUAAAAUACACACUCCAUUAAAACCCAUGAAUUUAUCUCUUUUUUGUGACGGAGCAAACAGAACAAUACACAAGAAUGUAUGAAAGCAAGAGUGUCCGGUCUGUUUUUACGACUACAUUUUAUUUGCAGCAUCUUUCAUGCUGUCGUCUACGGCAAUUACUACUGCGAGUCAUUCCGACUGCCAGUUGUUAUACUGGGAUACCACCAGGUUCAAUUUACACCAACAUUUUAUUAGGUCAUUUACUUACUUAGUCUGUCUUAUAAUU